AUAUUUCUAUAUUUACUCAAGCAUGUGUUUAUGUGUGUGAUGUGAUAUUUACACCCAACAAAGUCGACAAACACGUGUAUAUAUACAUUUUGUUUUGUUUGUGUUUGUGAAUUUCAAGAAUAUUCUAUUUUGAUGUUUUAUCGUCAUAUCUUUUAAAAUAAAAUAACAUCAUCAUGAAGAAAGAAUUUCAAAAAUUUAAAUCACAUGCCCAUAAAGAAACUAAUACACACAAGUUUGAAACAUUCAAUGAAAAAUUGAACAAGAUUAAUAUAUCGGCAGUCAAUAAUCUAAAAAGACGUCUAGCCGAUAAUGAUCAAUCAGAUGAGGAUAUUUCAUUUUUUGCCACAGCCUUGGAAAAAUGGACCGAUUUGAAUUGUACACACGAUUUUCGCCAAUUGAAACAACGAAUUGGUUCACCACUAGAUGUACAGAAUUUAGUUCAAAUUGUACAUAAAAAGAAAAUAUUGAUUGAAACACUUCUGGAUGCAAUGACCAAUCCGGACAAUAAAGCAUUGGAUGCAAUACUUGAAUUUCUUAUAGCUUUGUCACGAGAUUUACAAUCAGAAUUUUAUGAAUAUUUUUCAACCAUAUUCGAUCGUCUUGUCAGUCUUUCAAUGCAUAAUGAAGAUCCUGAAAUGAUUGAAAAUAUUUUUGUUUGCCAAACAUUUUUAUUCAAAUAUCUGUGGAAAUACAUCGUCAACGAUAUUGAAGAACAUUUUCAAAUCUUUAAAAAAGCUUUCACCACCAAAAAAGAUUAUAUUGUAAAUUUCACCAGCGAAACGUUUGCCUUUUUAUUACGAAGAUCAAAAGAACCGAGUAAAUUGUUCAAAAUAAUCUUGGAAAAUGUCGAACAAGAUGACAAUUUAUCUAGAGCAGUUGGUCGAAUCAUUUUUGAAAGUAUCAAAGGUGUUCAAGGAAAUAUGCAUCAAAAAGCUCAUUUGUAUUUACAGAUUUGUUUCGAUGAAUUGAGCGGAAAAAAUGCCACCGGAACAUUGAAUUCGAUGAAACAUUUUUUAUCAUUUACACUUGAUCAUUUUCAGCAAUCAAAUUGUUUCACCAUCAUUUGGAAAUUAUUACUGAUUGAACCUAUUGAUCAUGCUCAUUUGAUUAGAUUGAUAGAAUUGAUUCAUCAGUUGGUUCAAUUCAAAAAUGCAAACAUGUUUACAAUGGUUUCGAUGUUGCAUACAAAUUGAUUGGCUAUUUAU